AUGAAAGUUUUCUUUAAAAAUUUUAUUUUUAUAUUCAUGGUCAUUGGAUUUAUAAGUGUAAAAAGUGAAGAAGAAGAAGAUCCGCAAUUUCUCUUCAAGGAUUGUUAUAAAUGUAAAGAAGAAUGUCCAAAUAAAAACAUAUCAUUUUACCUUUACACCCGCAAUAAGCAAGAUGAACCUACAAAACUGGAUGUUAGUAAACCAGAAACGAUAUCAGAAGCAGAAUUUUCAAGAGAUCGACCUUUGAUUGUCAUAAUUCACGGAUUUACAGCAGAUCAUGAUAUCACUCCAAAUUCGUUUCUUCGACCAGCAUUCUUUAAAAAAGAUGACUUUAAUAUCAUUUCAGUAGAUUACAAUAAAAUUGCGAAAGCUCCUUGUUAUCUAAGUGCAGUGAAAAGUUUACCAACUGUAGCAAAUUGCACAGCACAGCUUUUAGAUCAUUUGAUUGAUAACAAUAUUUUUAAACUUGAUGUAAUUCAUGUUAUUGGGUUUUCACUUGGAGGACAAACAGCGGGAAUGGUGGCAAACUUUUUAAAAACUGGAAGAAAAUUGAAGAGAAUAACUGGCUUAGAUCCAGCCAAGCCAAUGUUUGUAACAGCCGACAACGAGUUUAAACUUGAUCCAAGUGAUGCUGAAUUUGUCGAUGUCAUUCAUACAGAUUCGUUUGAACGUGGAGUAUUGUGGCCUUCUGGCCAUGUUGACUUUUAUCCAAAUGGCGGAUUUAAUCAGCCAGGAUGUUACCAUCAAACCGAAAUGCUUCCAGGUAGUUGUAAUCAUGAUCGAGCUCCGGCAUAUUACGCUGAAUCUAUAAAUACUAAUGUUGGUUUUUGGGGAUUUCAAUGCGAUCACUGGUAUCAGUACGCCCUCGGAAUUUGCAUGGAUGGAAAAAACAAAACUUUGGCCAAAAUGGGAUACAAUGUCGACCUGAAGUAUACCGAUAUGAUCAUUAAUUGCGCAAUGAUAAUCAGUUUAUUAAAAAAAAACCUUCUCAAAACAAUACCAAGCAACAUCUCAAAAUCCGCUCAAUUGCUUCAAUACGAAAUGCAAGAGGUCUUUUCUUCCUUGGAACCAAUUCAAAGAGCCCGUACGCUCGAGUUAGAAUAUCAUGAUAAUCAGUUAGUCGAGAUGGAAAUUAAAGGAUGUUUAACAGUAAUCACCGCGAUCACCUUGCUUUAUUUAGUGAAAGGGCAAAUGUUAACCGGAGAUGACAACAAUGUCUUCAACACGACAUCGUGCCUUGAGAAACCAUAUCGUUGCCCACAUCCAAAAAUCAAAUUCUUCCUUUAUACGAGAAGAACACAAGAAUAUGGAGAGGAGAUUAACCCGCUAAAUCGUGAAAGUUUAUGGAAUUCUCAUUGGAAUCCGAUACAUCCAGUGAAGGUUAUUAUUCACGGCUUCGGUGGUGGAAGAAAUUUAACGCCCAGUCCCGACUUACGCAAGGCUUAUUUCACGAUUGGCGACUACAACAUCAUCAUUGUUGAUUACGGCGAAGCUGUGCGUGAACCAUGUUUGAGUCAGAUUGAAUGGGCACCGAGAUUUGCGAGUCUCUGCAUCGCGCAAUUAAUCAAAUACAUAGCAAACCAUCCACGAGGUAUUGCACCAGAUUACAUGCAUUUCAUUGGAUAUUCAGUUGGAGCUCAUAUGAGUGGUUUAGUAGCAAAUUACUUGAAACCAAAGGAAGGCAAAAUUGGACGAAUCACUGGAUUAGAUCCAACAAUUUUCGUGUAUGCUGGUUCAAAUAAUUCAAGAGAUUUGGAUCCAUCUGACGCUCACUUCGUGGAUAUUUUGCAUUCAUCUGCUGGGAUUCUUGGUCAAUGGAGACCUGGUGGCCACGCUGAUUUCUACAUCAAUGGUGGAACCUCACAACCUGGUUGUGGAAGCUCAACUCUCUUUCAAACUUUAGCAUGCGAUCAUACAAAAGUAACGCCAUAUUUUAUUGAAUCCAUUACGUCGAAGAAAGGUUUCUGGGCCGGACCAUGUUCGACCUUAUUCAGUUAUUUAUUAGGAUGGUGUGAACCUAAAGAUUCGGAUAUGGUUUUGAUGGGGGAGCAUUGCCCGUGGGAAGCUCGUGGUGUAUUUUAUGUGACAACGAAUGGUAAGGCACCUUACGCUCGAGGCUACCCAGGGAAAACUCGACGAUUCGCUCGAAACAAUGGACGUAACUUAGAUGAACACGAAUACUCGUACACCGGAGUUAGGAAAAAAUGAAAUAGAAAUGUUUAGAUAAAAAGUUCACGACGCACAUCAACAGUAAAGAAACAAAAAGUGUAAAUAAGUCAAAACGUCUCAGUUAGUUAAAUUAAUCGUCUCUUUGUUAACCCGUUUCACAGUCUACGAAAAAUGCCUCCAUUCGAAUCAAAAAAGAUCAAACUGGUUGUGAUAGUGAUGUUAAUUAGAAUUUUUGAUGGCCCUUAAAUAGAUUCAAAAUGCUAAUUAAAACAUUUCUUUUUCACUUUUCACUUUCAGCCUGUAAAAAAGAUUUAGUUGAAGUUUAUUACACAACUCGUUGACAUUGUUUUCAGUUUCGACAUUUCUUUUUAUUCAUUUCAUUUUUAUUUAAGAUUUUUAUUACACUAAUUUGUUGCUGUAUUCU